GACAAGAUGGCAUUCCCGGCGAUUAGGGCUGGGGUUGGGCAGCGGUUAGCCUAUGAAAGCACUGCAAAGCGGCGUGGCCCAAAAGGGUAAAGUUCCAAUCGUGUCCCCAAAUGCGGCUUUCUCCAAACCAUCAAAACUUCAGGUUGUGAUUUUCUGUCGUCGCCUCAAGAAAUCCCCUUCUAUCACGACUUCUCUCGCCGUGAUUCUGCCUGGAGCAGACGACUCAACUUUCCGUGAACCGAGCGCGCCACUUCCCGCUCCUACUCUGAGCCCGUCAACCCCCCCAGCUGCGCCUUCCGCGAUUCACUCUCCGACACAAAAUUUGCCAUCCGCGCUAUUUUGUCUCUUCCCCUCCGACACGACCGCUUUCCCUCUCAUCACCACAAUCCCGCCGUUGCAUCCUCUUCAACCACCCUCACUUUUCCCUCACCUCCUCAAUCAACUUUCAUAAUGGCCGCUGUUGCUGAGAACGGUCACGCGCCCGUGGCUGACGAGAACGCCGCCCCCGUUGCUGCCGCCGUCGAACAGAAGGAACAGACCGAGAAGACAAAUGGAGACUCUGUCACAGUAUUCCACGACCCCGAAAAUUUCACUGUGAAGCAUCCUUUGAUGCACGAGUGGA